ACGGGGCUGAUUACUGGCCGUGGCUGCUGCCUCACCGCUCACACGCUGCACACGUCCCGCACAUCAGCUGCUUCUCCUCUCUGCCCGACGCUCCUGGCCGGAUUCAUAAAGUGAACAAAGGAGGAGAGGAAACGACUGGCCGCCGCAUCCCGGGAAGGUCAGUGAUGAUCAAUGCUGGUUAGAGCCUGCAGCUGAGGAUGUCUGCUACAGAUUCGGACAACUCCAUCGACUGGCUGGCCAGCGACACAGAGAAUGAGAGCGAACCAGAGCUGGACUGCACGGCAAAGCACGUCCAGAAAGAAGCGUCUCCACCUGAGAGGAGCGGCGAGCUGAGGGAGGAUAACUGCUGCGAGGUCACCGGUAGCAGGAGCUCUCCUCGCAGCGCUGUGAGCUCGGACAGAGACUCUGACAAUGGACUGUAUAAAUCGCAGUACGGAGAAAAGGUGAAUUGCACGAACGCUCAGGCGGCGAAGAGACGCCAUAGCCCCUCCGGAGAGCAGUGCAAGGACCGGCAGCCUGUAUCCAACAUGUUGGAGAAAGAUCAAGUUUUUAUCAAAAAGUGCAUGGAGCUUCAAUGCUACAUCCACCCUCUGUCAUCAAUCUUGAACGGCCUUCGUUCGGGGAGAUACAAGGAAAGGCUCAGCAGUUUCCAGGAGAGUGUGGCUAUGGACAGGAUUCAAAGGAUCAUGGGUGUUCUGCAGAAUCCCUUCAUGGGGGAGAAAUAUGUUGAUAUCAUCCUGAAAAUGGAGGCGAUGUUAAAGAGCUGGUUCCCUCACGUGAAACUCCAAGAGCAGCACGCUACCACCCAGACAGAGGGACUUGUGCCCAGCAAAAGGCUUAAGGUAUCGCCAUCGGCUCCGUCUGCUGCUGGGAGCUCCGUCUCUCACAGUGAUCCUCCGGCUGCCACCAAAGCUCUGAGGGUCACGGACCUGACUCCACCUGAAGCCUACUCCGCCAACAACCUGAAGUGGCUCCACACGUCGCCGAUCUGCUCCCCCACGGCUGAGGAGGGCCAGGCUGGUCCCAGGCACGCGCUGUUGCCCGGAGACAAAGACCUUACGCAGGACAGUGCCGUCUCCUCCAGCACAGAUGGCCACGUUAAGACGGACUCUGUGCUGAGAGGACCGCCGCCGGGCAAAAUCAACGCACCUUGCCUGGAACGGCUCCUUAAAUCCACAGACAGCAUCAUCACACGCAGCGGGACAGGGGGUUUGAUGGGCAGCAGCUGGUCCUAGUCCAAACAUGGGGCGGGGGGGCUGGGGUAUCCAGCUGUUACUGCGGCCCGACCCAGCCUCAUCCUGCCCCACCCAGCUCAGAGCCAGUUAGCUCGCUUCACUCAUUCCAGCCUUCAGGAUUGAUGGGAGCGUUCAAAGAAAGGGAAGUCGCAGAUUCCUCUCCAGGGUCGCCAACGAACACGAUGGGGUUUUUCUCAGAUGUGACGAGGGUCCGCCCUCGCUUGCCCUUUUUAUUGACACAUCCACAUUUCUCCUUGGAUUCUUGAGUUGCGUGUGAGUGUUAAAAGGUUAGGCGACCCACGCGCAGAUAACCGAAGCAAGUAUUGUCAGAACUGGACUCUUCCCACCGGGUCGCACGAUACAGGUUUUCAUCAAUCUGCCGUUCUGCCUUGAAGGGAAGAGUGUUAGCGUGUAGGAAAGGAUUUUUCAGAUAUCCAUACAUGGUCUACAUAUUGUUGGUCUACUAAAAAUGUGGCUAAAAUGUGACGUUAACGCCCCCAAACUCCUCCCCUUCCCUCCCAAUGACUCCACUCUUAGGUUUAUUGAUGUGACUGUUACUCAUUUCUACUAUUCAUCAAUAAAUCUUUUUUUGUUUUUGGUACAACUGUUCUACCUCAUCGAGCACCACGUCAUGGUUAGUUAGUUGGAAUGUGACAACUUUGCUCAGAGUCUGGACCCCCUGAUGCGGUCUGCGUUGAGCCAAACGCCCUCCGACAACAGGGCCGUGCAAACAGAGGAUGCUCUCUCUAUCUCUCUCUCUCUCUCCAUGGGGGACGCCCUUGUGGCCUGACUGGUGCCAUUGUAAAGAAUGUCAACUGCAGAUUUGUUUUUCUGAGUCUCCCAGAAGAAGGCAAACAGUGCCUGCAAAGUCAAGCUGUGCCUGUCAGCCGUUUGAUUAGAAAAGAGAAGCGUUUAGACUACCUUCACCUCUGUGGGGUCUACAGAUUCAGGAAUUGUCAUUCUGCCAUUUUCCUGUAUGAAUAAAUUAUUGCCAACUACUUGGUGUGGUGAAGUAGAACAACUACUAUCAAUUUAUUUUGCCACACUAGACCGUGUGUAGACCACCUGAGAGGGACAAGGGAUUUGUCUUUAAAUCUUACUGCGAAAGGUUGUAGAUUUACCCUGAAAAGUGGCCUUUAUAGUGUGAAAUUUUAUACUUUCUAAAUAAAUGUGGUUAUAUUUGUUUGAUGCAAA